UUCCUUUAAUUUCUCUUACGUAUUUGUCUUCCUCUUCCUCCCCUUUUACUUAUAUAAUCUUCAAGUCUCCUCUCCAUUCAAGUUCAAAUACAAUUUCCUCUUCUCCUCGCUUAUCGCUUCCUCAAAUUCAUUGACUUCCAUUCUCAUUCCUGCAUUUAAACCUCCUUUCUCCUCUCUACCACUACCUUCUCUGGAUUUCUUUCUUCUGCAGUAUUCUGAGAUUUCAGGGUGAGGUAUAAUCUGGGUUUUGAAUUUCUGCGUGUGUUUCUGGAUCCAUGGGUGGUUGGGCAGGAACAGAUGACAAUUCGCGUGACUCUCCGGGGCUGGAAUUAACUGGAAAGAUCAUGGUCGUAGCUAUAAUAUUCCUCUUUUUCGUGAUUGUGGUUGUCUGUUUCCUCCAUCUCUACGCCAAAUGGUUCUGGUGGAACACUGAAGGGAGCAGCACCACCACCCGCCGCCGCAGCAGCCGCCGCCGCCGCCGCUUUGUCUUCGCACCAGGACAAGACCCCGCUAUUUACGGCGUCCAGAGACGUGGGCUUGACCCAGAAGUCCUUAGGUCCUUGCCUGUAUUGGUAUACCGACCAGAGGAUUUCAAAGAUGGUUUGGAGUGUGCAGUUUGUCUCAGCGAGGUCGCUCAUGGAGAAAAAGCAAGGAUAUUACCCAAAUGCAAUCAUGGGUUUCACGUAGAAUGCAUUGAUAUGUGGUUCCAAUCCCAUUCUACCUGUCCACUUUGUAGGAACCCGGUCGCUUCUGAGUCCUCUGAAUCCAAUAAUAGUUCAGGUGUUCGAGGAAAUACCUCAGACAUCUAUAGUCCGUCAUCAGACUCAGAAAGUUCAGACUCUAUGAGCGAGGUUGAUUUAGAGUCUGCAAAUUUCCCCACAAAUGUUUUGAUUUGGGGAAAUCAGAUCCAAGUAAAUUCUAUUGGCGCAGGUCCUUCUAUUGAGGCACCUUCGUCCUCAUCAUCAGCGGCAGCAGAUAGUUGUAGCAGUAGUAACAAUAACAACAGACGUAAUGGAAUGUUGGUGAUUGACAUACCAAGAGAAACGAAUCCAUCAUCUUUACCUUCUACUAGCAGGUGUGCUGACGAUGAGUUGAAGUCUCCAAUGACAUCUAGGCUCAAGUCGUUCAAGAGGAUGUUAAGCAUGAAGUUCAGUCCUCGUAGCCCGAGUUCUGUGGAUGUGGAACAAGCAGGGAGAGGACAGAGCUAGCUAGAAAUUAAUUGAUGAUUGGUAUAUUCAUUAUUCUUUUACUAUAUAUAUGCCCUGGAGCAGGAAUUGGCUUGUAGAUUAUGCUAAUUGAGGGGUCAAGGUGAAGAAUUAGUGUCGGACAGGUGCUUGAUUUCUUGUCCUUAGGAGGAAAGGUAAGGGUUCCUGUUGCAGAGAGACAGGAAGAGCUCUCUCAAAGUUGACUCAUUGUCUUUCUAAGGAUGCAUACUCUUUGUAAUUGUAACAUGUUCUUAUAGAACAUAUUUGUAUCAUAAUGCUUCAAGCAGAUUAAAAAAGAUUGCUUGAAGUGUUUAUAUUGUUAAAAAGAAAAGGAAAGAAAAUUUCUGUCUUACAAGGGUGAAAUUAUCCCUUAU